AUGUAUCCGCCAAGGGGUCAGUGGACACCGAGUUCCUCAUCGCGCUCAACUAGCAGUUACGGCGAGGUGGUCCCCAAACCCGAGUCUCCUAUCCCAGAGCGCAGAGCCACUUCGCGCUCACCUCCACGCUCAUCGACGCCCGACGCCCUCAGCCCCAUCCGGGACCAUGUUGCGCAAACGAUCGUCAUCCGCGCUACACGCGACGCCGAGAUCGUCGAGGGCACCAAGAUCGGUGUCGUCCUCACGCUCCCCUACGCCUCUGGCGAGGAGUUCUUGCACACACUCGCCUCUGAAUUCAAGCGCACACUCACGCCUCGGCACCAGUCGUACCUCUUCGUCCUCGCUCUCCCGCGGCCGACGGGCACGAGCCCCGUGCUCAUCUGCAGCUCGUCCGAGGAACUCGCGGAUCGCGCGGGCAUCCUCGUGCGCUCCAAGUUCCUCGCACGCGUCGAGCGGCACGACUUGCACCAUGGCCGGUGGGGCGGGCUCAUUCGCGACCUAUGCACGUCCAACUUCGACGAGGCCGCGCUGUGGGACGCCGCGCGCAAGGCGGCGCGCCAGCCGAUGGACCCCUUGGACCCGCCACCCGGCUCGCGCAGCAUCGCACAAGUGCUCGAGCACGCGCGUGCGCGGCUGCAGCGCAUCACGCCGCAGCAGGCGCUCGAGGAGCUCCAGGACCCGACCAUAGCGUGGCCAGUCGUCCUCGUCGAUAUCCGCCCCGAGGCGCAGCGGCGCACGUACGGGAGCAUCGCGGGCGCGCUCAUUGUAGAACGCAACGUGCUCGAGUGGCGAUUCGACCCACGCUGCGCGUACCGGGUGCCGAUCGCGGACCGCUACGACCUCCGCGUUAUUGUGUUCUGCCAGGAGAGCUACACAUCGUCCCUCGCAGCUGCGUCUUUGCACGACCUGGGCUUGCUUAACGCCACCGACAUGAUUGGGGGCUACGCCGCGUGGAAGGAGGCGGGUCUCCCGGACGAAGUCGAGGCGCCGACAUCGUCUGGUCCGCCUACUGAAGGUCGCGCAUCCGUUCCGGUGGGGAGCUGA